AUGGCCAAACCUGGACUCACAGUUUCUGCAAAAAUAAGAGAAAGUACACGUUAUUAUCCUUAUUUCAAGGAUUGCGUUGGAGCUAUCGACGGUACUCACAUUCAUGCAAUGGUGCCUGCUGAUGAUGCACCAAGCUAUCGUAAUCGGAAAGGAUAUACAUCACAAAAUGUUCUUGCUGCUUGUAACUUUGAUCUAGAGUUCAUAUAUGUUCUUAGUGGAUGGGAAGGUACAGCUCACGAUUCAAAAGUAUUAAGUGAUGCUUUAACGAGAAGUAAGAGCAAGCUACCUGUUCCCGAAGGAAAAUAUUAUCUAGUUGAUUGUGGAUUUGCAAAUCGACGCAAUUUUUUAGCUCCAUUCAGGGGUACAAGGUAUCAUCUACAAGACUUUAGAGGUGAAGGUUGUGAUCCUAGUAAUCAAAAUGAGUUAUUCAACUUGCGUCAUGCAUCUUUGAGAAAUGUGAUUGAGAGAAUUUUUGGUAUCUUCAAAUCCCGUUUUCUGAUUUUCAAAUCAGCACCGCCUUUUCCUUUUAAGGUACAAGCAGAACUCGUAUUAGCUUGUGCUGGUUUACAUAACUUUCUUCGUAGAGAAUGUCGGUCCAAUGAGUUUCCUCCCGAAGAAUACAGUGAUGAAGAAACCAAUAUCGGUCACGAAGAAAACAAUUAUCAGGAAAAUGGAGAUACAGGAACUCUCCAAUCUCAGCAAAGAGAUUAUGCUAAUAAUUGGAGAGACACAAUAGCUGCUAAUAUGUGGGCAGAAGCUACAGGAACAGGGAGCAUGCCAUGA